GCCAUUGCUCAGUCCGUUCCGAAUAGCUGAGCGAGUCGGUACGCGCUGAGAAAGAGUGACGACUGUAACGACGACGACGACGACGAUAUUAAACGAUACGCAUACCUGAGUGAAAGAAUUAAAAAUCUCAAAACGAGAAAGUCAGAAUAUUUUAGACUAAAGGCUUGUCCCUAAUUACAUAUUCCGUAAAUCAGUGACUUACUAUUUGUGCCUGUUAUAAAAAAAAAAAGAAAAAAUCAUCGACGACGGAUAAAUGAUUAAAAUUCUUUCAACACUAAAAAAAAGAAAAUCACGACGACGCUAGAUUCCAUAACUGCUAGGUGUGCAGAGUAUAAAGUAACCAUCAACUAAACGCCCUUUACUCCUAAACUCGAUAGUUGUGAGACUGGAGUUGAUAGUCACUUACGAAACCGAGGAAAUAUUCAAUCUUAUUUCGAAAAAAACGAGCUCAAAUGCAAGUCGAGAUUAGAUCACGAAAUGAUACAAGUUUAGUGCGCGCGUAAAGAGUGGCAACUAUUGUAAGGACUAGUUGAAACAUAGUAAAAACAAAAUUAAACGAACAGUGGGAUUGUCAAUCACGUGCAUCAUAACCUAGGUAUUUUGUUAAUGUAACGAAAACGACGACGAGAAAACCGAUCUUUCAUUUUAAUUAUACUUCAAAUUUAUUAUGAAAAAUUCCAAGUGCCUAUUUAAAAUAUUUAAAGGUCAGAUAGUGAAUAUUUCGCGCAGAGUUUUACUGUAAUAUUAAAUACAUUGUCAAAGUUCGUAAGGUCGUUGGCUUACUUGACACACUAAAGUAGUUUUAGCAACGACAGAUUACAGGUUGUGCUUGUGACUAUAAAACGAUCUGAUAUAAUUACCGUAAGAGCUGUACUAUAAAAUAUAAAGGAAAAACGUGGGACCAAAGAAACGAUCUAUCAGCGUAAAGAUAAAUGAGAAAUUGAGUGUGCUGGAGUGCGUGCCUGUGUCUACAGAGUGAUCAACAUCUCUAAUGAUACUAUAAUUGUUACUAUUGUUAAUAUCAUUAUCAGCAUACAUACACACAGAUGUUAAUCGUUUCUAGAUAAAAUUUAAGAGCCUGAUACUUGUUUUUUGAAAACGAGAUAACCGAAGAAGUAAAGACUAAAACAAACUAAAAAUGUGGCAAUCAUGGAAAGAGCAAAAGGGCAAGAAUGUUGCAGAAGGGGACAAGUACCAGCACUUUGACUCUGGGCACGUCGAUUCUGGUUUUUUGUCCGGUGGCAACCUUGUCUCGACAGAAGAAGGCCUAGAGUUUGACCGCCAGGCCUGUAAGUCGGGUCCUGUUGUUCCCGAACCUUCCAUUGCUGUUGAACCAAUGAGGGCUGACAGCGGAGUCGAUUUGGGACUCAGCGAUAACUUGAGCCAGUUGACCCUCAAACCUGUUACAUUAAAUCCUCUAAGUGGUAAAGUUCAGUCUGAACCUACCAUCGAAUUGACUCCUGUCACGACACAGCUAUCGCAAUCGCAAUUUCAACCACAACAGCGAGAAUCAGUUCAACCCAAUAUUAACGUACAACAUCACCAACAUGUGCAAAUUCAACAACAACAGCAGCAGAGGCAUGAUUGGCCUUUGUACUACAUGCAGGAUGACGAUGGAGACACACAUUUACACAAUGCGAUAGCGCAAGGUUUUCUGGAGGUUGCGUUUAGUUUGAUCAAAAUGGCUCCUCAUCCUUGUCUUCUGGACAUUCUAAACGACGAGCAACUCUCUCCCCUGCAUUUGGCAGUCAUCACCCAUCAAGCAAGAAUUGUCAGAAGUUUAGUUCUUGCUGGAGCAAAUCCUGCACUCAGGGAUGGCAAUGGCAACACAGCUCUUCAUUUGGCAUGCGCAUCCGGUGAUAUGGCCAGUGCAAGAGCGCUCACAGACCCUCUUUCUUUAUCUGAAAAAAGAUUCACAUCUCCAGGACGACCAACCCCCGCACUUCCACAGGACUUGGAACAACGAAACUACGAAGGACAAUCAUGUCUUCACACAGCUGUGUUAGCGGGAAACGUUGAUAUGGUCAGAUUGCUUUUGCGUCACGGUGCAGAUUUGGAAGCCGGUGAAUGGCUCGCCGGAAGAACAGCGCUUCACCUUGCGAUAGAACAACAUCGAACAUCGGUAACAACGUUCCUUUUACAAGAGUGUGCACCCCGCCUAGACGCGCCAACGUACGCGGGUAUAACCGCUUAUCAAAUAGCGGCGUGCAGAGAUUUGGGACUGGCGAGAGAACUCGUUAAACUCGGAGCGAAGCCGCAACCACCCCCAGAAUCCGACUCCGAAGAGAGUAACAGCGAUUCGGAAAUGAGCGAGGAUUCGGAAAACGAAGGUGACGAGGGUGGAAAUUCGACGUAUCACGUGCAAAUGUCCCAACUUUGGCACAGCGUCGGAUUAAGGGCUUAGAUAAAUAAUUUAGGAAUUGUUGUUCCUCGUAAUUCUUUGUUAACUAUUAUUCUCAUCGUCCGAUAUUCUCGACGGUGAGAAACACACGUGCAUGAACGUGUGAUACGGAAACGCAUAUCGUAAACCUUCUUUAUAGAAUUUCCUAAGUUCGAAGAGAUUGAGAUCUGACUGGACUACGGGAGCGGUACGAAACUGAACGAAUUGAAAUUGUUUCAUGUGAAAAUACGCAGCUGAGAAUGGAGAUAACAAUUUAAACAUAUCCUGAAUAUUCAGCCCGCAGUGGAUUCUCGGUGUAGGAAAAUUACGAGAAAAAAUUUGUGGGUCGAGGCUACGUGUGACUGAAAAUAAUUUUUGAAAUUUGCUUCUUGUUUUUUUUUCGUUUCUUUAUUUUUAUUUUUAGCUAAAAAUAAAAAAAAAAGAAGAAAAAAAACGGAGGACCGAAUGAGGUUUGAAUAGAUAAACAUCUAUUGGCAAAGAGAAAAAAAAUAAAACCGUUCUGUGCCCCCAUCCGUCUGUUAACUGAUGGUGUAGCUAUUACGAUUUAAACAAAUAAAUAAAUUAGUAAAUGAAUUUAGAUAAUUAUAAGUGAAUAAUUGAAUGAUUGAAAAAAUUAUCAACGUUGAAAAAAAAAGAAAGAAGAAGAAAGAGGUUAGUU